GGAGUAGACUGCUGGGCUCUUCCUCCUGUUGAAAAUUCACUGGGCACUGGAGGAGGAAAUUUUCCUUCUGUCUUCUGCCCUGAAUGUUUUCCCAAACAUGAAGGGGCUUUGGAGGCGGAGUGAGAGGCGGGUCUUGAGUAACUCAUGGGUGAAAUUACAUUUAAUUAAGGCAAUAAGUUUAUUCUUCUUGGUGGGAUUUAUAGGAGAGUUCCAAGUUUUUUCAAGUGCCUCCUCGCCAGUCAAUUGCCAGUGGGCUUCCUAUGCCCCUUGGUCAGAAUGCAAUGGUUGUACCAAGACUCAGACUCGCAGGCGGUCAGUUGCUGUUUAUGGGCAGUAUGGCGGCCAUCCCUGUGUUGGAAGUGCUUUUGAACCACAAUCGUGUGAACCUACACGAGGAUGUCCAACAGAAGAGGGAUGUGGAGAACGUUUCAGGUGUUUUUCAGGUCAGUGCAUCAGCAGAUCUUUAGUUUGCAAUGGGGAUUCUGACUGUGAAGAGGACAGUGCUGAUGAAGACAGGUGUGAGGACUCAGAAAGCAGGCCUUCCUGUGACCUCGAUAAACCUCCUCCCAACAUAGAACUUACUGGACAGGGUUACAAUGCGCUCACAGGCCAGUUUAGGAACAAAGUCCUCAACACUAAAAGUUUUGGUGGUCAAUGCAGAAAGGUGUUUAGCGGGGAUGGGAGAGAUUUCUACAGACUGAGCGGAAAUAUCCUCUCCUAUACAUUCCAGGUGAAAAUAAAUAAUGAUUUUAAUUAUGAAUUUUACAAUAGUACCUGGUCUUAUGUAAAACAUACAUCAACAGAACAUUCAUCAUCUAGUCGAGGACGCUUCCUCUUUUUUAGUUCUUCAUCUUCUUCGUACAGUUCCUCUUCAGGUACUGAAAAAAUCCUUAAGGAAAAGAGUUAUCAGUUGUUGGUUCUUCAGAACACUGUUGAAGUGGCUCAGUUUAUCAAUAACAAUCCCGACUUUUUACAACUUGCUGAGUCAUUCUGGAAGGAACUCUCCUACCUUCCGUCUCUGUAUGAUUACAGCGCCUAUCGAAGACUGAUCGACCAGUAUGGGACACAUUAUCUUCAGUCUGGGUCCUUAGGAGGAGAAUACAAAGUUAUCUUUUAUUUGGACUCAGAAAAAAUCAAACAAAGCGCUUUUGGUUCAGAGAAGAAGAAGAAAUGUGCUUCUUCACAUAUCAAGUUUUUGUUUAAAUCAUCAGAGCACGCAUGCAAGGAGAUGGAAGAGGCCUUAAAAUCGGCUGCAGGAACUCAGGGCAAUGUGUUACGAGGGGUCCCAUUUGUCAAAGGGGGACGUCCUGGCCUUGUGUCUGGCCUUAGUUACCUGGAACUGGACAACCCUGCUGGAAACAAGUUGAGAUAUUCUCGCUGGGCAGGAUCUGUGACUGAACUUCCACAAAUCAUAAAACAAAAGCUGACACCUUUGUAUGAGCUGGUAAAGGAAGUACCCUGUGCCUCUGUGAAAAGGCUAUACCUGAAACGGGCCAUUGAGGAAUAUCUCGAUGAAUUUGACCCCUGUCAUUGCCGGCCUUGUCAAAAUGGUGGCAUGGCCACUGUGAAGGGGACCCAGUGUGAGUGCCAUUGCAAACCAUACACGUUUGGUGUGGCGUGUGAACAAGGAGCCCUCGUAGGGGAUCAAGCAGGAGGGGUUGAUGGAGGGUGGAGCUGCUGGUCCUCUUGGGGCCCCUGCGUUCAAGGGAAGAAAACAAGGAGCCGAGAAUGCAAUAACCCACCUCCCAGUGAGGGUGGGAAAUCCUGCAUUGGAGAAACGUCAGAAACCAGACAAUGCGAAGACCAGGAGUUGGAGCAUUUGCGAUUGCUUGAACCACAUUGUUUUCCUUUGCCUUUGGUUCCAACAGAAUUCUGUCCAUCACCUCCUGCCUUGAAAGACGGAUAUGUUCAAGAUGAAGGUGCCAUGUUUCCUGUUGGGAAAAACAUAGUGUAUACUUGCAAUGAAGGAUACUCUCUUGUUGGAGACCCUGUUGCCAGAUGUGGAGAAAAUUUACAGUGGCUUGUUGGGAAAAUGCAUUGUCAGAAAAUUGCCUGCGUUCUACCUGCACUGAUGGAUGGCAUACAGAGUCAUCCCCACAAACCUUUCUACACCGUUGGUGAGAAGGUGACCUUUUCCUGUUCAGGUGGCAGGUCCUUAGAAGGUCCUUCGACAUUUCUCUGCGGAUCCAGCCUUAAGUGGAGCCCUGAGAUGAAGAACGUCCAGUGUGUGCAAAAAGAUGCCCCUUUGGCACCGGAAGUGCCUGAAUGUCAGCGCUGGGAGAAACUGCAGAAUUCAAGAUGUGUUUGUAAAAUGCCUUAUGAAUGUGGUCUCUUGCCAGACUCCCCCAUUGAUCAAACACCCCUGAAGCUAGAGGACAAGGAAGUCUAUUGAUGUGGUCCAUACGUGUCAGCCUCCCAGGCAGGGUGGAGAAGAGUGGAGGGUGAAUCUGGAGAGGCAAAUGGAAGAUAUCCAGUGCCCAGGACUUACUGGCCAUCUUUAAGGUUAAGAAUCAAAACACAAAUUAUUAGCCAAUUACUUGGCUUUCAAUUAGUAUGGUCACCAAAACACAUCUCCUUGAACACCUACAUUGGGUAAUGAUGACUAUGGUGGUAUCUUAUAAGAAGUAACUUCUCAUGUGAAGGAGAACAUAAAACUGAAUAGCAUAAGUGGAAAUGGUCAGCCCAGAAUCUUCUGACUGCGCUGUUAUUCUCUAUUAAUCAUUGUUUGCUUUGACUCACUUUCAUCCUCUUUCCAACUUCUCUGAUUCAUUGAGUUUAUCUGCAGCCUGUUUAUAAAUAUGGUAAGAGUUUUAACAUCAGACACUGAUAACAAGAUAGAUGGCCUUUUAAGUUCUCUGCCCUUUAAGCUGUUCUGCGUACUUCUAUGUAAAGUUUAAAUAAACAGAUAAAAAAGAAAUAGUAGGAUUUGUUUCUGUUAUGUAAAUGUCCAAAUAAAUUUAACUCUUG